CGGAGCAGGAGACGCGCGCCUCAACCCGCGGCCCUUUGCUGACUCCGCAGCUCCCGCGCAGCGCGUUGCUGGAGGCGAGCGCCGGCCCAGGUGAGGCGAGGCGGGACAUGCCGGCUCCUCCCCUCCUCGCCGGGCUCCAGGUGUCGUUGGCAGCUCGGCAGUCGAAGGAGCCGUGGCUGCGGCGGCGGGGCGGCGGGAGAAUGGCGGACUCUCAGCUGCUGUGCCUGGACGACGCUCACGUGAACGAGCGGGUCAGCGAGCACCACCCGCGCUACUACUACAGCGAGGAGCAGCGGAGGGCGCUGGAAGUCCUGCUGGCCAAGGGGGAGAAGGCGUACAAGGAGCGCCUGAAGAAGGACCAGCUGCGAGACUUCCUCUCCAGCCGGGAGCUGCAGGCCUUGCGGGGCGGUUGGCGCGCUUACGAUGCCCACCUCGAGGGGGGCAAGCCGGUGGUCGGCCCUUCGGGGAAGCCCCUGUCCUUGGCUUACUGGCCCGACAGAUCCGACACCGAGAUCCCACCGCUGGACAUGGGCUGGACCAACACUUUCUACCGGGGAGUCAGCCGCCUCGGGCUGUAUACGCACCCGCGCAAGGAAGACAACGCGCCUCACGUCAAGCAAGUGGCGCGCGAAAUGAUCCAGCAGGCGCAGAAGAUCAUUGCAGUAGUCAUGGACCAGUUCACUGACAGGGACAUCUUCCGGGAUAUCGUAGAUGCAUCAUACAAGCGCAGGAUCCCCGUUUAUAUAAUCUUGGACGAAGAAGGCUCUAAAUUUUUCCUGGAAAUGUGCAAAGGCAUGGAGCUGAGUGAUUUCUAUAUCCGGAAUAUCCGUGUGCGUUGUGUGACUGGAGCUGGGUUCUACAUGCCAUCAGGGAAGAUCCAAGGCAACUUGGCUACACGCUUCCUGAUGGUGGAUGGUGAAAAAGUUCUUACUGGAUCGUACAGUUUCACAUGGACCUCAUCCCAUAUAGACAGAAACAUGGUCUUGUACUUGACCGGGCAGCAUGUGGAGAUGUUUGAUAUCGAAUUCCGUGAACUCUAUGCUAUUUCGGAGGAGGUCAACCUCUACAAGGAGCUGAACCUUCCAUGCCCUUUCCGCCAAGGUGUCGGGAGAAUGGGAUUUUCCUCCUCUACAGUGGCCCGGAAGGCCAUCAGCCCAAAGUAUGGACUGGUAGUGGCGGUUCCCCCAGGGGAAAUGAUGCGCUGGGCCUCCCGCCAGAGGCACGAGUCACAAGGGACUCAAGAAGCACAGGAAGAAGAAAGUGAGUCCAAUAGGCGACUACAAACUUUUCUGAAUGACCUUAUCACGGUGGAGCAAGUGCUGCCAGAUAUUGAGCCUCCACUUGAGGACCUGAACAGAGGAAACCGGAGUCCUCAGAAACUAUUUUCCCUAUUAAAAUCCAAAUCCAAAUCCAGGGAGUCCAUCCGUGACCUCAGGAAGGAUGAUGUUGCCAAUGGGGAAGCUGGUUCCAAACCAGUCAAGAGGUUUGGCAGUGGAUUUUUCAGACGGGCCAAGCGGCCACCACCCUUCAAUGCUGAUGCCAGUUCUAUUGCCAGUGAUAUUGCUGAAGACUUUGUGGUCGUGAAGAGGAAAGGAAGCCAGGCUAGCCCUCACCCUGUCAGCGUCCGUAGUAGUGGGGCUAAUUCAGAAAGAAUGAGACCAAGCUCCCCUUCAGGGGACAGAGCCAAACAGUCCAACUGUGUGGUGUCAUGAUCUGAGGAGAACAGCGACGGGAAAACUGAGAACCCAAAGAGACAAGUGUGGCUGUGGAAUAUACAGCUGUGGGCUGAUUUCAAACCUACAGUCCCAAGUUCCUCACAAUGGUCUGUAUCAACACUCUACUGUCAAGGUCGGAGCUGGUACACCCAGCUAAAGUGCACAUGCAGAGUAAAACACAUGACAUGGAAGAUUCCUAUGUGGAGAGGUAGCAGCAUGAAUUAAAUAACAGUGAUAAGUGGAGUUUGGAGUUUAAAUCUGUGCUGACAUACAUGUAGGGGUGCUUUCUAUUUCUAUGUGUUGCUUCUUAAAUUUGGUUACAGACUUAAGAAGAACACGGUUAUAUUGUUGAUAAUUGUACCGUACUGCUGUUGAUUUUGUGAGUCAGAAACACAAAUCAGAAUUAAAAGGUAGAAUCCAGAGAAGAUGGUCAAAGCUGGGGAUUUUGUAUGUCUGAGGCAGCAUUUCUCAAACAUCCGAACAUCUCCAAUCAUCUGCACACCUUUAACAUUUACUAGAUCUUCUGCACCUCCCAUAACCUUUUCUGUAAUCCUGAUGUAUGGAUAGCCACCAUGUGGCACCGGUGCUGGCAGUGACAAAGACAAGAAGGGGCUGUGGAAUUGCUAGAGAAGGUCUGGGGGGCUCAUGCUCCCGGCUAUGGCACAGAGUUGGGCCUAUGCUCCUGCUUCCUUCUGCUGAGCUGCACAACUCCCUACCUGGACUAAAACAGUUGUGCUAAGGACCCGGGAGCUGCAUGUAUAUUGUACAGUGGCACUAGUUCAGAACCUCAGGUUCAUGGCCCAUAUGCAACCCUUCAGGCCUCUCCAUCUGGGCCAGACCCCUUCACCAGCCACACCCCCUGCCAGACCUGCUUUGCACCCUCCUUGAGUGUUUUUGUCUGGUUGGAAUGAUGUGUCCUUGAAGCCUGCUGCAACAAACGUAAAAUUAACAUUCGUUGCUGAGCCCACCAGUGACAUGUGGCCUCUGGAAAGUUGCCCAGGAGGUAACGUGUCCCCCUGCCCUUCAUUAAUCUAAUGGGACUUGCACACUUAUAAAAAAUGCACUAAAUUAUAUGGGCUGCCCCCACUUCCUCUGAUGACUCCUGAUUUCCAUUUGGGGGGGGUGGCCUAAGGAUUUCUGUACGUGUUCGUUUCUCCUCUUCAGAAAUCUAUUAAGAUUGCUCUAGGCAAUGCAGAAAGAGUCAGUGAAAUUGAUAUCCAAUUCCUCUUCAUUCCAUAUAGAACUUGACAUUUAAGCAAAUUUUAUGCCCUGUAAUGGUUAUUUGGAUGAAAGCAUGGGUCAUAAUGUCAGGUGGUGCUUAUUAAGGUGUGCAGGUGAGAUUCUACAUGAUCUCUAUUAAAAAAAACACAACUUAAAAGAUGCACUGAUAAGAGUUGCAGGUGGCAAAACAAUGCAAGAUUGGUAUAAAUGAAAUCAUUUAAUCUUCCCUUGCAUCUUGUUACUUUUGUCCAGAUUUAUAAUGACAAAUGAUUAAAAGUACCUAAUUCAGUUCCUUAUUCCAGCGCUUAAAAAGUCAAGGUUGUUAGUGCAGAGUCACACUACUUUGUACAAGCCCAGUGGAUUAAUUCAAUAUACGGACAUUUGUUUUCCAGACAGCUGUCCUAUAGUCAGUCUAUGGCUUUAUGCUGCCUUAAAGAGUAGCUUUCAGGCCCUACCGGAGGCUGUCUGCCUUUUUGUAUCCAGCCUGUCUGUUACAGAAUACUAAUCAGCAGAGAGUGAGGUGCAGAGUUUGCCUUGUUUAACACACAUGCUAGCUCUGUUUGAGAAUGUUCAGUAAGAAAUACAUCCAAGAGAAAAUGUCACACACACUGUGCUGUCGAAUUGCCUGCUGUGUCAGCUUUUAUAGCAAGGGGUCUUCCAGAAAUUGGAUUACGUUUGGAUGGCUGAGGGGUUGUGGGUGGGGGAGCUCAUGCCUAGCCAACCAUCUAUUUAUUAGUGCUAUUUAACAUUGAUUUAAUGGUAUGCGGGGCAUGUGCUGUACUCUGCCUGGAAGCUGUUCAUUACAGCGAUUUCCCUUCCUCUGUACACAUGGCUAGUUAAACUGGAUUCCAUGGAGAUGAACGGUGUAUUAAAACCGCAAUGGUAUUCACCCACUUCUCCAUCUAUAUUCAGAUGGCCAACUUUCAGCCAGACGUGGUAUAUGCACGCAGUACAUUUAACUUCCAAGUGGGAUGAUUGUACUUCAGAAAUAUAUCAAUGCAACCAUUGUUGUAAUAGUCACAGCCUCCGCCUUCACUCUGCUGAACAUAAGCAGUUCACUUGUGUCAAAACUGCUUUGAAUCCCUUGAAAAAGGUAGUCUGUUUUGAUCUGGAGUAGCUCCAAUUGAAGAAUAUGUACAUAUUAAAACAUCCGGGCAAAUUUAUAUUUAAAAGGUAAUUUAUUUUUAAAAACUAAUUCUAUAUUUUAAUUCCAUGUGCACUUGCAAGUUUUUCCAGGGCUCAAUCAUGCAUUCCAAAAACUAUAAAUCCAAGCAGGUUUUGUUUUUGUUUUUAGAACAAGUCCCAUGAAUUGUUUCCAUCUAUCCCCAGAUACUUUUUUUGUGGCUCUUGUAUUUGUUCAUGAUCUUAAAAAGCCACUUGAUUUCAAAAGUGUUUCAUGAUUGUGGAUAUGUAUUUUUAAAUGUGAUGAUACUUUUGUUGUUGUUGAAAUGCAGAAACCACAAAAUGAAAUGAAACUAAAUCUUGAACAUCAUGUUUUUCUAAAGCCACAGAUAAUUUGAAGGGACUGAAUGAUGUGUCUGAAUGUUUUAACGCCCAGAUGAAAUUAGAAUUGAUGUGGUACUGGAAUUGUACUUUAGAAUGAUAGUAAUGCCCAUUGCAUUGCAAAGCAAUUCAAAAUAUGCUUAGGUGCAUACAGAUGUGCAUGCAAACAAGGCCUGAAUUGUUUCUAUUUGACUGCUGAAGCCCAGUUUCCCCUAUUUGAAAUCAAUUUCUGAUCUAAUAGUCCAGCGUUAGUCAACCCAGUGCCCUUCAAAUGUUGGAUUCUCCUCCCAGCAUCACUGAUUAGACAUGUUGGCUGGAGCUGGUGGGAGUUGGAAUCCAACAUCAACUGUGAACCACCCUGUGAUCUUAUGAUGAAGGGUGGUAUAUAAAUCUAAUAAACCAUCUGGUUGGCACUACAUAGCUACCGCUUCAAUAGUCAGAUCUUGGUUCCCAUGUCCACCAUUUUAAAAUGUACAUUUUUAAACUUUGAAAUUGCUGCAUGUACAUAAGCAUGUGUACAUUCAUUCACCCCAUGAUCAAUGUGUGUGUAAACAUUGGCAAAUUGUUUUCGGGGAGGGGGAGAUGUGUUAGUGAUGAUACCUGUUUAGGGCCAAUUAGUACUGUGCUUUUGCUGCAAACGCUAAUGGUUUCCUCUGAACUUGACCCAGAAAAUAAGUUAGUAUAUUUUAAUAAAAGCAUGAGUGUGUUUUGAUGAUGGGUUUACCACUCAGGUUAUGUUCAUAUGUGCACAUCCUUCUUUAUGGAAAGCUUCAACUGCAAUUAAAUUCUCCGACAAUCAGAUCUACACAAGGGGUUUGCACUUUGACAGCGGUAUUGGGAACUAGAACUUUCAUGAGGAAGAUGUACAAGCACAUAUUGCACAAAAAACCCCAAUGCUACACAAAUUGCAUUUUGGGAUCUGUACAGAUAACCAUUUCAGAACACAUUCUACCAGAGAUGUGUAGCAAAGUUCUCCUUAACACUAAGUCAACUAAACUAUGCCUGGGGUGAACAAAGUAGCCUGUCAUCAGGUAUUCUUUUCUAGGGUGGUUUAGUUGGGUCACUCUGCCCGAGUCAUAACACCCACCAUGAACUUUUGGGAAGGGAUUGUGACAUGGUGUUGGGCUUUGCACCCAGAAGGUCUCAGUUUCAUUCCCUGGCAUCACCAGUUAAAAGGAUCUUUGGUAGCAAGUGAUGAGAUAGACCUCUGCCUGAAAAAUUGUGGAGGUGCUGUCAGUCAGAGUGGACAAUGCUUGGCUAGAGGAACAAAUAGUGUGACUUCAUGGAGCAAUUUUCUCUGUGUGAGAGAGAGGGAAGGAGGGUCUGGCUGACUUGGUGACAGCACAGAACAUCUACUUACUGAAGUUUUUCAUGACAUCUGAAACUGAUUUAUAUUAUGCUAGCAAGCAGACCUUGUCAUUGCUGAGGCUUUGAUAUAUGCAGGUUAUAAAUCUACACGUAAUAAUACGCACCUAAGUUCCAUUUAGGUUGGUGUGAUUUAAGAGGGCAUAAAAGAGAUCAAGAUUUCAGUGUGAGUUUGCAAUUAAUUGAUGAUCAUCUUAUAAACAUUUUAGGACCCAUUCGUUCUAGUCUCUCCCUGUAAUCGUAGCAUAGUGGAACUGAAUUGGCCUAACUCACCCAUGUGAAUGUUAUGCAAAUGAUGUUUAGUUAUUUUAUUUGUGCAGUAUACUUCUUCUGUAGCUUAUGCUAAAAGUGUUGUGUAUAUUUGGAAUUUAUUUCAUUACAUUGCACAGGAUUGAAGAUAAGUGGAUCUGGUCAUAAUUCUAAAAUAAUGUCUUUGAAAAUUCACCACUUUUCUUCAGUCCCUUGAAACUUUCUGUUUCUCCAUGAUGAACAGAUUUUGAUUAAAAACUGAUCUCAGGAGUUUAUUAGAAGAUUCAUCUCAUAGCCUGUCGACUUAUUGUAUACCCAUCUUCUGAGUAAUUUUCAUCAAUAUUUUUAAAGGUCUUCAAUACUUCCUAGUUAUCCAGAAAUUAUUUGCUGCAUAUUUCCCAUUAAGGCUAGGCUUAAAAGGAAAUCUUUCAGCUGACUUUCAGCUAUUUAAUUUAACCCUGUGCUCACAUAUAAAAUUACUGAGUGCUUCCCUGAUUAUAAAACCUAUUGGUCCACUUCAUAUACAACAUGAAAAAAGAAUAUGGAUUAUCAGAUGCCUUUCUAUGGGGGGGGGGACUAGUGCAGCCAAUACCUAUGGAGGGACACUUCUAAUUAAUUGGAUAUAGACAUAGGUGGAUCAAUAGUUUGACGGUAUAAAGCAGAUUUGUAGGUUAAUUUCUGAGGUGCAGUGUGGUCUGUUAUGAAAGCACAAACCUGCACACAUUGCUUACAAGCCUCAGUAAAAUAGUUGCGCUGCAGCCUAGGUUCACCUUUUUCUUACACUGAGAUUAUCUACAUGAAGGAAAAAUAUCAUGUGGAAAGAGGACUGUACACUAGAGCAAUUCCAACUGUGCAGAUUUAACAUGAAAAUAUGCUUUACUAGUCCUCCCCUCCCCCCCCCACUUCAGAAUCUGCUCUUGAACCUCUUCCUAGAAUGGAUCCUUAGUGGAUCUUGAAAUUGGUUUCUCUGUGCCUAAGCUACGGCAUUUAAUCUCAGAUCUUAUUACACAGUGUUUAGCUUUUUAACAUUCCUUUCUACACUUUAUGGAUUUUGUUUAACUUUCGCGACACUUGCUCUCUUAUGCUCCAGUAGUCUUCAAUACCAAUUUUCUGCUUUGACAGCAUCAGCUGAAACUUUUUUUGCUCGUGUUGAAAGCUUGGAUUUACUUUUGACUUUCUAAUGUGAAGUUCAGGUCUUUGGAGCGUGUAGAAAUUUAUUGACACAUUAAAAUGGUGCUGGCAGCUUCCGUGAGACCAGGGAUGGGCAACGGUGGUGGUGAUGGAAAUAAUUAUGAUUUAUUUUGGCCAGUGCCAUUUAUCGUGUAUUAGCACUUGAGAAAUAAUGUGGCAAUGAAUGUAUGGGACAUCUCCCUUGCUAGCAAAGUACGGGAAAGGAAAACGUAAGCCUCAGGGUACAUCAGGUCUGCACAGAACACUUGUGAUGCUUCUUCCUGUGGGACUGUAGCACCAGGUUGGAGGCAUGAAAAACAAGCAUGGUAUGGCACAAGCAAGCCCUCAGCCUGCACCAUAGGUCAGAUCAUGACAACUUCACAUCCUCUGCUGGCUCUGGAAGCACUUUUCUGCAGUGCAAAUAAGUGUGUAUGUGGUGGUAGAGGAACAUUCCAGGCUUGAAACUUUGAUAUAUGUGACGGUCUUGUGUACAUGACUCCUCAAAAGAAGCCCACCAUGAUGCAGCAUGUUGCAUUCCCAGCAUUAAUUCGUUGAGUUGUGGCUUUUGCUCACACUUGUUUGAAGUGCCAUUGGAUAACAGUCCCUCCCCCCUUCUUCUUAUAUGCUUCCUUGGUGGAAUAGACUGAGCACAUUGCAAAGCAGCAAUGUUGUUGACUUUCCAUGGGCUAAGGAAGGGAUCUGUAGUUCGUUAACCUCUUUCCCUUUUUUGGGCUCGCAGUGCCCGAGUUGAUCAUGCCUUGUAGCUAUACAGACUAGAAUAGUCUACACUGGCUGUUGCUGGCAACAGCAGACCCAGGUUUGGUGGGCAGCCUUUUGACAAUAUGCCAUAUUGUUGCGCGUAAACAUACUUGUUUGGUGUGUACAUGUGCCUUACUGUCAUAACAAAUGCAUUUUAUACAACAAAUAAAUUCAAAACUGUUUUAA